AUGACUUCCAGUUUGGCUUCGUGCAUCUUUUGCAAGAUCAUCAAGGGUGAUAUUCCUUGCUUCAAGCUCUUUGAGAGCGAUAAGACUUUGGCUUUUCUCGAUAUCAACCCCCUCAGCCGUGGUCAUGCUCUGGUCAUCCCCAAGCACCACGGCGCCAAGCUGUCUGAUAUUCCGGACGAGCACCUCGGCGAAAUUCUCCCUGUUGUGAAGAAGCUCGUUGCCGCGACUGGCGCUACGGAUUACAACAUCCUCCAGAACAAUGGCCGCAUCGCUCACCAAGUCGUUGACCACAUCCCAAAGCCCAACGAGACAGAGGGUCUGGGCGUCGGCUGGCCCCAGCAGCAGACUGACAUGGAUAAGCUUAAGGCCCUCUUUGAGGAUAUCAAAUCCAAGAUGUAA